UCUACUGCGCAGACUCGGCAUCCAAAAAAAGAUAAAAGCGGCAGCAACAUAGUUUCACUUUUCUUACUGUAAGGAAGCGGGACGCCUCGUCCAUCCUUUCCUAAAGAUUUGUUGUUGUUUUUGUGUUUUACAUUAAGCGACUGUUCCGCUCGUCUCUGAAUAUCUUCCAAGGAUUCAAAUACUAGCUAUAUACUUUUAAGCGAAACGAGUGAAGGCUAUCUUUGCACCUCUGGGCGCGGCUCCUGAGGGAAGAACGCAAUGGAGAUUCAGCGAAACAGCAGAAUAUUAAAUCAUCUCCAGAAAUCAUUUGUAUUAUAUUCACUGCUCUACGAAAACACGCAGGGGAUAAUAUUGUUGUCCCUGUUGCUUCUGGGCGGUGUUUGUAAUGCAGAAACAGAAGAGAAAAUGCCAGUGAUGGAAGGAGAUUCUGUAACUCUACACACUAAUCUUUCUGAAAUACUGGAUAAAGAUACAAUACUCUGGGGGUUUGGACCUAGAGAAUUAAUCAUAUCUCAGAUAACGAGAAAGGAAGACUUGACCUCAUUUUUUGUCACUGAUGAAGUGAGUUUCGCAGGCAGAUUGCAGGUGGACCAACAAACUGGCUCUCUCACCAUCAGAAACAUCAGAAACAGACACUCAGGACAAUAUAAACUAACGAUCUCUAGAGAGAAGACCAGAUACAGGAUAUUUCAUGUGCAUGUCUUUGAUGUGGCUGGUAAGAAAGAUGGAGUGAAGUCAGUGUCAGUGAAUGAAGGGGAAUCUGUCGUUCUACAGAAUGAUGCUGCUGAAUUACAGAAAGAUGAUCUGUUAAUUUGGAGGUUUGGAGAUGAAGGCAUCCUCCUAGCUAAAAUAGAUGUAGAAACUAACAAUCACUUAUUAAAUGAUGAUGAUGAACGAUUCAGAAACAGACUACAACUAAAUCAAACUGGAUCUCUGACCAUCACAAAUGCCAGAACCGAACACGCUGGACUGUAUGAAGUACAGAUCAGAGGCCGCGGGAGCUCAAAGCAGUUCCUUGUUUCUGUCAGGGCUGAUUUGAGUUCAGCUGUCAUAGCUGGAAUAGUUGUUGCUGUUCUGCUGGUAGCCGGACUUUUAACUGCUGUUGUGAUUUACUAUCGCCGCAGGAUCACUGAAGUAAAAAAUCAAGAGGUUACAGUUGAAGAGGAGAAAGUGUCAGAAAUGGAAGGAAGAACUGUCGCUCUAAAGACUGGUACUAAACUACAUGACGGUGAUGAGAUAAAGUGGUGGUUUGGAGAUGACAACAAUCCCAUAACCAAAUUCAGUGAAUGGACCAUUACAGACGCUGAUAUAAAUUGUGAUGUUACUGAUGAGAGAUUCAGAAACAAAGUGCAGAUGGGUGGUAAGAGUGGAGAUCUCAUUAUCAGUUAUAUCAGGACCAUUCACUCUGGAGUCUACAAAGUACAGAUCACCGGCAAAACCAAAAAAACCAAAUACAAGAUAUUCAUUGUAACUGUCAAUGUGAUGAAAGUGCCAGUGAAGGUUGGAAAUCCUGUCACUCUAGAGACUGAUAUUAAAAUAGAGGAAGGAGAUCUGAUACUGUGGACCUUUGGAGUUAAAAACUGUCUAAUUUUUAAAAAUGAAUCAGGACCAACUAGUUUUGUGAGAGCUUCAGAGGCAGACUGCAGCUGAAUAAACACAAUGGAUCUCUGACCAUCACAAACAUCACCGACGCAGACUUUGGGCAUUUUCAACUACAGGUCCUCAACGGCAAACGGAACAGAUUCAGGAGAUUCAAUGUGAUCAAAGCUUCCAAAGAAAACAAAGAGACGGAAUCGAUGGAAAGGACCCCACUGCGAUCUCAAGAGGGUGUGGAUGAAGAGGAUGAGCAGCAGGGGACGAGUUCACUUUAAUAAGACACGCCCACCACUGUCAGUCUUUGUGACAUCAUCAACUGAACAAUGUCCCUGCGUCUCAAUGUUCAUACUAUCCAUCCUAAACAGUAUGUGAGAUUAGAAUUAGUGUGUCCUAAAGCAUAGUUUGUUAAAAAAAGAGUAUGCCAAAAUUCCCCGGAUGGUCUACUAUUUCAGAUCAAUUUUUGAAGUGUGGAUCCGUUCACACUCUAAUGGCUAAAAUGAAGGAUUCAGUCCAGAACUUCAAGCACAAAUAAAAGGCGUUAGAAAAACUACAAAUUUGGUGGAUGCGUGUGAUUGACAGUUAGGUAGAGAGGUUUACAAACUGGGGUUCAGGCGUAAUUUGCGAGUGGGACGGGUGGGACGUGUCCCCACCACUUUUUGCAGGGUCGAUAUUAUCCCUACCACUUUUUGAAAGGUCUAAUUGAAAAAUAUCUUGUGGAAGAUAUGUUUUAAAGGGAAAACAAGAUCAACAAAUCAUUCUUCAUAAUCUAAUUAGGGUGAUAUAUAUAAAAAAAAAAAAAAAAAAACAACAACAACAUUUGACUCCUUAGCAUGCAUAACUCGUGCAGCGCAAUAAUGACGUGAUUUGCAGCUGUCGCACUUUUCGGAAUAUCAUUAUAGCAUUUUAUUUUAAAAAUGGAGCGCUUCCUUGUUCUAAGUAGGCCUGCCCUAAAGAUUGUUCUAGUCAACUAGUCACAAGUUAUAUUAAAUUAAUUAAUAUAAUAAUAUAUUAACCAUACAUAAUAUCAGAUGUGGAAAGAGUACAAAAA